UGAUAUACUUCUUGAUUGUAUUUCAGUUCAACAAUGACUUUGAUAAAAUGCAUCUUUUGUGAUGUGCAAAUGGCUUUAGAUGCCUAUGAGGUCCAUCAAUGACCAUAUAGAGUAAAUUCAACACGAAACAACGACAAUUUGUUGUCGGCAAAGGACAGCUGGACAUAGAAAGGGCCCCAUUACCUUCAGGAGCCGAGGGCCGCAUCAAACCUAAAUCCGGCCCUGGUUGGGGAAUCGCAUCGCAGAAUCGUAAAGGACCGCAAAGGUUGGCUAUAAAUUGUAAUAUUUAUUGUCGUCGUCGUUCGUUAACAGCACACUGAUUUCUUUUUCAAGGUCUCCUGCAUUAACAUCGACCCAAUGUGCCGCCCGCGAUAGAGCAUGUUUGGGGACCACAGACCUCUCAGCGCAUGAUGGGGUUCGGCAUCCAACUGGCGCUGUUGCUCUGGAAGAAUUUCACCUACCGGCGCAGGCAGACGUUGCAACUGGUCAUCGAGGUCCUCUGGCCCCUGUUUUUGUUUUUCAUCCUCAUCUCCGUGAGACAGUCCCAUCCGCCGUUCGAACAGCAUGAAUGUCAUUUUCCCAACAAGGCUCUGCCGUCUGCUGGGACUUUGCCUUGGCUUCAGGGCAUCGUCUGCAACAUCAACAACCCCUGUUUCCGGAACCUGACGGCCGGCGAGACCCCCGGCUUGGUGGAUAACUUCAACCGAUCUAUUAUUUCUCGCCUCUUUGCCGAUGUCCAGAAAGUCGUCCAUCGAAUGAACAACCCAGAAGCGCAAAGCGGUUUUUCCCGGCUCCUGUCCGCCUUGCGUCAGAUAAGCGGAAAUGUUAGCUCGCAAACGGAUUUGCAGGUGAGGGCCUACCUGAAAGAAAACGAGACCUUUUCCCAUUUCCUCCGGACCGACGCCUCACUGCCACCCGCCGCCGUGGAGGAACUGCUCGGGUCCAGACUUGACCCACGGGUGUUCUCCCUCGCCGGGACGCCUUUGAAACAGAUAGUUUGCAACGCUUCCAUCCUCUCCAAAUUUUUGGUUUCCGAAGACGCGGAGGUGGCCGAGGGGCUUCGGGAAAACCUUUGCGCUUUGCCGGACGGCACCCUCCGAGCCCUGGAACGCCGCUUUCUCUCCCAAGUGGACUGGGCCAAAAUUUUCGCGGAGCGCAUGAGUGCUGCGUCGGCCGAGGUUGCAAACACGGUGGAUUCCCUCCGUACCCUUCUUCAAGGGACCUCAUCUUUAGCCGAGGAGAUCUCCGCCGCGACCAGCUUUGUGGAGUUCCGCGAGGCUCUCCGCGUUCUCUCUGGCCAGGACCCGGUGUCUUCCGCCCGACAAACCUUCGAAGUCUUCUCCCGCCUAGUCUGCGGCCACCCCGAAGGGGGAGGCCUCAAGGUGCCCUCCUUGAACUGGUACGAGGACCACGAUGUCAAGUCCUUCCUCGGACGCAACGAAUCGGAGCAAAAGACCACUUUGGACAACGGCACGAGCCCCUACUGCAAAGAUUUGAUCCGGACGUUGGAGAGCAACCCGUUCUCUCGCAUCUUGUGGAGGGGGAUCAAACCCCUUUUCGUCGGGAAGAUCUUGUACGCCCCUCCAACGCCAGCCACCCAUAAGGUCAUGGCCGAGGUGAACCGGACUUUCCAGAACUUGGCCGUCUUGCGAGAAGUGAGGGGGGCGUGGGACGAUUUGGGACCUCAACUCUACAGGUUCAUGAACUCGAGUCUGGAAGUGAGAGCUGUUCAGAACCUGCUGGAGACCCCUGGCGUGGUCCAGUUCCUGGAACAGCAGCUGGAAGGAAUGUUUUGGAACAUGUCGGCCUUGAGAGAGUUCCUGUCGCCGGAGACGGCCGGCAGCGCCUACACAUGGCGCCAGGCCUAUGGCGAAGUGGACGCCGCGAUCGGAACCUUCUCCCAGUUUAUCGAGUGCAUUUCCCUGAACAAAAUCGAGGCGGUGGACUCGGAGGACCAGCUGGUUCUGCGGGCCAUGAGGCUACUGGAGGACCGCCAGUUUUGGGCCGGGGUGGUGUUCCUGCCACCGGACAACCAGAGUGAUUUCGGUGAGGUCCUCCCUUCCCACGUCCGGUUCAAAAUCCGAAUGGACAUUGACGACGUCACUCGCACCAACAAGAUCAAGGACAGGUUUUGGGACCCGGGGCCGGCGGCUGACCCCUUUGAUGACCUGCGAUACGUCUGGGGCGGCUUUGCCUACGUGCAAGACCUCGUGGAGCAGGCCGUGGUUCGGGUCCAAGGCGAGGAGCUGUCUCCGCAGGGCCGCGUGGGGAUCUACAUUCAACAGAUGCCUUAUCCCUGCUACGUCGACGACAUAUUCCUGCGCGUCCUCAACCGCUCCCUGCCGCUGUUCAUGACGUUGGCGUGGAUCUACUCAGUCGCAAUGAUCAUCAAGGGGGUGGUCCACGAGAAAGAAGCCCGUUUGAAGGAGACGAUGAAGAUCAUGGGGCUCAGCAGCGGUACCCUGUGGUUCAGCUGGUUCCUUAGCAGUUUCAUUCCUUUCCUGGCCAGCGCCGCUUUGCUGGUCCUCAUUCUCAAGGUGGGGGACAUCCUUCCCUACAGCGACCCCGCCGUGGUCUUCCUCUUCCUGGCCACUUUUGCCGUGGCGACCAUUUCCCAAUGUUUCCUCAUCAGCACCUUGUUCUCCAGAGCCAACCUGGCCUCGGCUUGCGGCGGAAUCAUCUACUUUUCGUUUUACCUGCCCUAUGUCCUCUGCGUGGCUUGGCGAGAGCGGAUCACCUUCCCGUUGCGGAUCUUUGUGAGCCUCUUGUCCCCCGUCGCCUUUGGUUUCGGCUGCGAAUAUUUCUCCCUCUACGAGGAGCAGGGCUUGGGCAUCCAGUGGUACAACUUGAACGCGAGCCCCGUGGAAGGCGACCGGUACACCUUUGCCACGUCGGGCGGGCUGCUUCUCCUGGAUGCCGUCCUCUACGGACUGGCCACCUGGUACAUCGAAGGCGUAUUCCCAGGCCAAUAUGGGAUCCCCAAGCCGUGGAAUUUUCCGUUCCAGAAGAGUUACUGGUUCGGAGAGGCCUUGGCCGAUGGCUCCCCGCAUCCCAUUCCUACAAAUUCUCUCAACUCGGCCGAAGUGAUCGUGGAGGACGCCCCUGCCCACCUAAAGGUGGGGGUCUCGAUCCGUAACCUGGUGAAGAUCUAUCGCAGCGGCGGGAAGAUUGCCGUCAACGGACUGAGCCUUGACUUCUACGAGGGCCAGAUCACAUCCUUUCUGGGGCACAAUGGGGCCGGAAAGACGACCACGAUGUCCAUCCUGACUGGCUUGCUGCCCCCCAGUUCCGGGACGGCGUAUGUGAUGGGGAGGGACAUCUGCUCCGACAUGGACAUCAUCCGGAGAACGAUGGGCGUUUGUCCUCAACACAACGUCCUCUUCGACAUCCUGACCGUGGAAGAGCAUAUCUGGUUUUACGGCCGCCUCAAGGGCCUCUCCGGAGAGCAAGUCCGGGAGGAGAUGGAACAGAUCAUCCAGGAUGUGGGUCUGCCCCACAAGAGGCGAGAUCAGACCAAGAACCUGUCAGGAGGCAUGCAACGCAAACUGUCUGUGGCCAUCGCUUUCGUGGGGGGCUCCAAAGUGGUGAUUUUGGACGAACCGACGGCCGGUGUUGACCCCUACUCUCGCCGUGGCAUCUGGGACCUCCUGUUGAAAUACCGUACAGGCCGGACGGUCAUCCUGUCGACGCAUUACAUGGACGAAGCCGACCUCCUGGGCGACCGGGUGGCCAUCAUCUCCCAGGGCCGCCUCUGCUGCUGCGGGUCCUCGCUCUUCCUCAAGACCAAGUUGGGCACAGGAUACUACCUGACACUGGUGAAGAGGGAGGCGGGCAGGGGGCGCCACUCGGCGGGCGUCAAUGGGGUGGCAGCCCCCGCCGGCAAAAAGGCGGACAGCGACUCGGAAAGAAGUUGCGACACCGGUCUGGGCAGUGAGCAGAACAGCGAGGGCACAGACGUGCCCCAGCUGACGGCCGUGAUCCAAAAACUGGUCCCUGGGUCUCGGCUGGUGGAGGACAUCUGCCAGGAAGUCCUCUACGUCCUCCCAUACAGCGGGGCGAAAGACGGCGCUUUCGUGGAGCUGUUCCGGGAGCUGGACGCCCGCCUGCUGGAACUGGGGAUCUCAGGGUACGGGAUUUCGGACACCAGCCUGGAAGAGAUUUUCUUGAAAGUGGCAGAAGAUACCAAUGUCGACGUCGCAGGAGACAUGGAGGCGGCCCCUGCCGACCUCAGGACAUCCACGCCGGCCUCUGGUUACACCCUGCAGACGUUGAGCGAGGAUGCGGAAGCGGCGGACGCCGAGCCCGGUAAGUGCCGGAAGGUUCCGGAAAAAUUUCGAUCACAGCUUGUAAAUAAAGAAGGUUGCAUUAUCUUAGACAGUGGGUUUUUUCGGAUUUUCGGCUUCACAGCUUCCCUCUCUCCCUUUUUUCUGGCAGCGGAAGAAGCCAAGGAGACGGACCUCUUGAGGGGCAUGGGGGUCCAGGCCUCCCGCCAGCUGACGGGCUGGGCACUGGUGCGCCAACAACUCCGCGCACUCUUCACCAAGCGCCUUCUGUACGCCCGCAGGAGCACCAGGGGAUUUCUUGCGCAAAUUGUGCUUCCGGCGGUCUUCGUCUGCAUCGCCCUCCUCUUCAGCCUCAUCGUACCCCCUUUUGGCAAGUACCCCCCUCUACACCUCGAACCCUGGAUGUACGGACCUCAAUAUACCUUCGUCAGUGACGAUUCCCUGGGCGAUGUGGUCUCCUCCCGGCUCCUCGAAUCUCUUCUCCGUGAACCUGGCUUUGGGACGAAGUGCAUGAGGGAUCUUCCGGAUCUGAAGGCUCCUUGCCCGUCGGUAGCGCCCCAUGAACGAGGCUUCGUGACCCCGGAAGUGUCGCCGGCGCUGGCUUCAUUUUUUGAGAACGGCAACUGGACUUCGGCCAACCCAUCCCCGGACUGUGUGUGCAGCUCCCGGAAGUCUCGGAAGAUGCUCCCGGAUUGCCCCGAAGCGGCCGGGGGGCUGCCCCCUCCUCAGAUGCAGAGAAACACAGGUGACAUUCUCCAGAACCUCACCGGCAGGAACAUCUCCGAUUACCUAGUGAAGACCUACCCAAAAGUCAUCCGCCAAGGGUUGCGAACCAAAAAAUGGGUCAACGAACAACGGUACGGCGGAUUCUCUUUGGGCGCCCGCAGUUUCCAGGCCCUGCCGUCGCCGUCGGAGGUGGCCGCCGUCGCAAGAGAGAUCCGCGACUGGCUCGUCGUCGCUGAGGGGGGUCCUCUCGACAGACUUCUGAAUAACCUCAGUGGCUUCGUUGAGGGGCUGAGAACGCGUCAGAAUGUGAAGGUGUGGUUCAACAACAAGGGCUGGCACGCCAUGGUGUCUUUUGUCAACGUGGCGAACAACGGUCUCCUCCGGGCGAGCCUACCUGCCGGGGCUGACCCUUCGCGUUACGGCAUCACGGCCAUCAACCACCCGCUCAACUUGACCAAAGAGCAGCUCUCGGAGGCGGCCCUGAUGGCCACGUCGGUGGAUGUGCUGGUUUCCAUCUGUGUGAUGUUCGCCAUGUCCUUCGUCCCAGCCAGCUUCGUCCUCUUCCUCAUCGAGGAGCGCGUCAGCAAAGCCAAACACCUCCAGAUCGUCAGCGGGAUGAAGCCCGGUGUCUACUGGCUGGGCAACUUCACCUGGGAUAUGUGCAACUACCUCGUUCCGGCUCUCCUGGUGGUGCUGAUUUUCCUCUGUUUCCAGCAAAAAUCGUACGUCUCCUUGGACAACCUGCCGGCUCUGAUCCUCCUGCUCCUCCUCUACGGCUGGUCCAUCACCCCUCUGAUGUACCCAGCUUCGUUCCUCUUCAGCGUCCCAAGCACUGCCUAUGUGGUCCUUACAUGCGUCAAUCUCUUUAUUGGCAUCAAUGGGAGUGUGGCUACCUUUGUUCUCGAGCUCUUCACCGACAAGAAUUUGAACGACAUCAACGUCAUCCUUAAAAAAGUCUUCCUCAUCUUUCCACACUUCUGUCUUGGCCGUGGUUUGAUCGAUAUGGUGAAGAACCAGGCGAUGGCGGACGCCUUUGAGCGCUUUGGUGACCGAAAAUUCGUUUCUCCUCUAAACUGGGACUUAGCAGGCAAGAACAUCUUCGCCAUGGCUGUGGAAGGAGCCAUUUUCUUUGCCUUCACUCUCCUGGUGCAGUACAAAUUCUUCUUCUCUUUCCGGCCCUCCCCGGUCAAGGAGUCGCCUCUGGGAGAAGAGGAUGAGGACGUUGCCAAGGAACGGAAGAGGGUUACCGGCGGGGUACCGGCCGCGGACAUCCUCGUACUGCAGCAGCUGACGAAGAUCUACCGGAGGACCAAGAAGCCAGCGGUGGAUCGCCUGUGCGUGGGGAUCCCUCCGGGGGAAUGUUUCGGUCUCUUGGGGGUCAACGGCGCCGGGAAAACGUCAACUUUCAAAAUGCUAACAGGAGACUCUGAGGUGACGUCCGGGAAGGCCUUUCUGAAAGGCUACAGCGUAAUCACUGACCUGCAAGCAGUCCACCAGAACAUGGGAUAUUGCCCCCAAUUUGACGCCAUCAACGACCUGCUAACCGGACGCGAACAUCUCGUCUUCUACUCUCGCCUGCGCGGGGUCCCGGAAACCGAAAUUCCCGGGGUGGUCAAAUGGGGACUGUCAACGCUUGGUCUGACGGCCUACGCGGACAGGCUCGCCGGACGCUACAGCGGCGGCAACAAACGGAAGCUCUCCACAGCCAUCGCGCUCAUCGGAGCACCGCCGGUCAUUUUCCUGGACGAGCCGACGACGGGGAUGGAUCCGAGGGCCAAACGCUUCCUUUGGAACUGUAUCCUUGGCGUGAUAAGGGAUGGCCGGUCGGUGGUCCUCACGUCCCACAGCAUGGAGGAGUGCGAGGCUCUGUGCACCAGAAUGGCGAUCAUGGUGAACGGCCGUUUUCGAUGUCUGGGGAGUGUGCAGCACCUGAAGAACAAGUUCGGAGACGGUUACACCAUAGUCCUCCGUGUCUCCAGCGCUGACUUGGGCCCUGUGGAUAAAUUCAUCCGGGAUUCUUUCCCCGGAAUCAUCUUGAAAGAGAAACAUCAUUGCACCCUCCAGUACCAGUUGCCUUCUCGCAGCUGCUCCCUGGCCAAAAUCUUCGGCAUCCUCUCGGCUCACCGGACCAUGUACCACAUCGAAGAUUACUCUGUCUCUCAAACGACCCUCGACCAGGUGUUCAUUCACUUCGCCAAAGACCAAAGCGACGACGAUUGCUGCCCCAUGGACCACCCCACAGCCCCCAGCCGCUGGAGAAUUCUUGGUUUCCUGGAGGACAAGAACAUAGAAGAGACCCGGGUCUGAGAGACACAAUCCGAACUCGAACCUUGUUUUGAGGGUGGGCAUUGGGGGGUCUCCACGCCCCUGAAUGUGGAGUUGAACCCACACGAGCGAAACCCCCAUUUCCCGAAGUCUCAGAGGCGCUGCCUUCUCAAAUGAGCG